AUGGAUGCAUUUUCCCUGGUGCACAUUGCGCCUCUGAGGCAAGAAAUGCCAAUCAACCAACUCUCUCAUUCACAACAGCUCACAAGUCUUCCAACAGCACCGUCAUAUCUCUGUGGUCGACCACAUCUAUCAGCCAUUCUGCUCCUGGUUCUGUCGUCUGGCUGCUGCUAUCUCAUCGCGCACCUCAUAACGACAAGGCCUUCGAUAGCAGCCCUGUUCAGCGCCCGUCAACGGCGGCGCAAAUCAGUGUCCCUUCUCGACGGCGACGACGACGCCAAUGCCGCCGCCAGCUCCCGGAAUGGCCUGGAAGAGCCGCGCCCGAGUCGCCCCGGAAGAUGGGGCGUCAUGGUACUAGCCGGCUCUCUCGCGAUCCGCGUCGAGCUUUUCCUCUUUGUUCGGACGCAGCAGCAUUGCCGCUCUUUUGGGUUUGAGUUCUGGCUCUGGCCGGCACUUGUCGUCUACCAAUACACCUCGUCUCGGGACAAGCUCCAGAGCGUCAAGUAUGGGGAUGCCGAUAACCCAUGGCACAGCGAGUUCCAUGAUUGGGUCUCGUGGAUCGAAAGCGACAAGAUGCGCCAUGUGAACCACUUGAUCAUCUCAUUUCUGUUUGCCGUAGCAGCCAGUGCCGCUGCGAAUCAAUUCGCUCCGUCGCCGUACAUGUGUAUACCAUCGAUAGACAGUCCUUCUUUGGUGUCUUAUUCUCAUAUGGGAAUGCUACUACUCGACAUUACUAUUGCCAUACUAUCCUGGCAGCAAUUGACUUGGGGAAAGCAGGCGAAAGAUCACCUGAAGACCGCUUCCAAGGUCCUUGCACUCGGCGCCUUUUCCAUCCUCGUGUUCGAUACACUUCGAUCCUUUAGGGGGUUCGUUCAAGACACCAGCGGCGAGGUCGCCCUCACAUAUAACUUCAACAUCAUGAUUGACAGCCUGGCACUGUCAGUCUUGAUUAUUUCAGCUUCUCUGUGGAUAUGCGACACAAAUCUUACCGGACCAGUCGGUAUCUUGACCUCCAUCGCGGGUCUUUGGCAAGUAAUCGUGAACGCAGGUCGAUACGGUGAAUGGGAUUAUCUUGACAGAGCUCCCGUGCUGCUCCCGCUGUUCGUAGCAACAGGCACUACGAUAUGCUUCACCUACGCGCAGCAUCUUAGAAACGUUGUGCAUCUUCCCCGCGGGCUGUUCAACUGGGUCGUCUUCCUGAUCGCCUUGGUGACCACUCUGCACGCCCUUUUGGCCACCGUGCCGGUGUAUGACGGACAGCACCCCAUCAACCAGAUUAUGUACGACAGCGAGAUUAGCUACAGACACUGGCUAGUCAAGGGCUCUACCAGCAGCACUUCCAGCACUGCCAUCAGAAUCUACGAGGACCGACACGGCGGUCGCAAGGCGCCUCCGCAGUACAAGGAGUGGUAUGCGCAACUGCGACGCGCCAAAAUUAGAGACAACUUCCCACAGAUUGACGAGGACCUGGAGCCCUUUUGGCACCUGAGUCCAGCGCAGGUGCGCGCGGCCGUAGAGGAGGCCGCUCAGCUUCCCGGCGUCGCAACAAUUGUCAUCAAAAACGGCGAGGCCUCCAUCGGUCGCAAUGAUGCUGGUGGUGCAGGCGCAGACGUCAUGCUCACGCGACUUGUGCACAUGGCCAACAACUUCUCGUCCCACCUCCCUGACAUGACUCUCCCCAUCAACCUGGCCAAGUCGCCUCGAAUCUUGCCAAGGUGGGAGGCUCGGCGGUCAUACAGCCGCGCGUCAGACGAUGCCGCCGCCGCCGCCGCCGUCGCCGCUGCUGCUGAUGUCAUCGCGGGGAGAUCUGCCCGCCAAGCCGAGAUGUCAGCACUGGCCCACGAGACCCAUGUGGUCGAAGAGAGGGGAACCGAAAACGAGGGACCGGGAAGUCAGAAUGCCAUCUCGGCAGCCGAAUUUCGCGCCAUGCUGCGACAAGCCUGCCCGCCGAAUUCCGCCUCUCGCGCGAAUCCCUACUGGAAUACGGCCGGGUUCUGCAGAGGAUGCGCGCGGGGCCACUCGAGCGUGCAGCUCAUGUCAGAUUGGGAAAAGUCGCUAGACUCUCUCUGCUCACAGCCCGAUCUCAAGAACCUCCACGGGUUCUACAUGACGGCACCUGACGUAAGACCAGUACAGAAGCUGCUACCCCUCUUCAGCCUCUACAAGGCGGCGCACUUUGCAGACAUAUUGUUGCCACUAUGGCCUGAAGAGGCAGCUCCAGCUGAGGCGGGGGAGGUAGGUGACGCGCUAGAUGAGCCGUUUUUGGACCGAUCAGACAACGUAUCCUGGGCUGGCUCCAUCGGUCAGAAUCCUAUUACGCCAGAAUAUCUACGCGGCCACCACAAACUGCGCCUGCUGGGCCAGCUGACCCUACCGCGCGCAACAGACAAAACGACGCUGAUCAAGCCGAUUAUGGUUGACGAGGUGCGACGGUGGCUGUACGCCAAGCGGUCAACGGCAGCAGUGAAUAGCAAACUGCCGCUCGACGUGGGCAUCUCAGACUAUACGGCAUGCGCCGGGCACAAUUGCGAUGCCGUGAAGCAGCUCUUUGGCGGUGAGUUCCACCUGCCAAGGGCGAGCGACAGGACCAAGAUUGUGCUGCUCCUGGAUGAGGAUAACGGUCCUAGUGCGGGGACGUUGCGGGCGCUGCGGACCGAGACGAUGCCCGUCAUCUCUACCAUCUUCAAGACGUGGUACACGUCGCGGCUCAGACCGUGGGUGCACUUUGCGCCGCUGGACGUGCGCUAUCAGGCGCUGCACACGACACUGUCGUACUUUACCGUGCUCGAGGACCGCCGGGACAGCGGCGUCAUGGACUCGAGGGGUAUCGCGCAGCAGGGCAAGUCGUGGGCCAAGGAAGCACUCCGGGAACGUGACCAGGAGCUGUACUUUUCUCGACUGCUGAUGGAAUGGGCGAGGCUGAUCGAUGAUAGACGUGACGAGUUGGGUGUAAGCACAGCGGCAGCUCCAGUAAAACACGGUUAG